CUCCUCUCUCCUUUGACGACGUCGAGCUAGGGAUCCCCGGCAACACGGCUCUCUCUUUUGGCCGGGGCGCAAGCGGGCAUAAGCAGGAAGAAUAGCCUUACAGCGGCUAGACGCUCGAUCCUCGCUGGCGCGCAUCAGCUGGCAAAGCCUCCACCCUUGUGGCGUAGUGAUCACAUCUGUGGGAGAUGCUCUCAUAUAUGAGCAUGACUCAAAAGCGGCAGCUGGCGCUUUGCCUGCGCAACACAGUAGUAGGGAUGACCCUGUCGUUCAUCCUGUGGCAGGCCUGGGGCGCAGCGAACGACCUCGCAUUGGAGUAAAUGCUGCCAGCGCUAUGCAUCGCUCUCGCGACACGGCUCGCCACGGAUGGCGUAGCAAAAGUCGACGGCGUCCUGCCCGCGGCGCUAGCCGCAGACGUGAGGGCUGUCGCGCUGGCAUCGGCCGUGCCUGCUCAGCGCCAAGAGGUCCCGCUCUCGCUCAAAAACGAUGCCGUGGCGAGCGCGGCAGCGGCCGUGGCGUUGUCUCCCGUCGGUGCCGCCCUGGAGGAAUUGUGCGGCGGCGACGCGCCGCUCUUCGACCUGUGCGCCGUGAUCAGUGCACCCGGUGCGGCGAUUCAGCCGCUGCACUCCGACUUGGGCUUCGACGGCGCGGAAGCGGCGCCGCUCUACACGUGCUUCGUCGCUUUGCAGGAAACGCCAUCGGCGCUUGGACCAACCGAGUUCUGUCUGGGCAGCCACACCGACGCCGCCGCGCACAACUCGCUUCGCGCGGGAGCUCUCUCACGGGAGGCGGUCCCCUUCCCUCUCGCCGUCGGCGCGGCGGUCCUCUUCGACCCGCGGAUCGCGCACCGCGGCGGCCCGAACUCAUCGAAUCGUCGCCGUGCCUAUCUGUCGAUGACGUUCGCCAACCCGCGCGGCUCGGCCCCGGUGAUCGUGCCGGCGCCCGGCGACGUGCUCGUGUCCGAGGGCGGGAUUUCGGCCGACGACGGGGGCGUUUGGACGCUUCGCGAGCUCGGCGCGCUCCACCCCUGAGACAGUUGUGUGUGCCCCUACUAGUAAGUGUUCCAAGAACUACAAGUUAGAGGCGCG